ACCAUUUAUAAAAUCUCCUGGGAAGGAGACACCGGGCUAAUUUGACAAGGCAGACAAAAUGAGUGGCCAAGUGUUAAUCCGUCUCUGGUUAAAGAUAUCUAGUCAGAUUUGGAUUAAAACAUCUCAAAUUUAGCUAGCUAAGUAACGUUAGCUGGAAGGAUGAAAUAAAUAUGUAACAUUAGCUAGCUGAAAGAUGUAACCGUAGCUGGACGGAUAUGUAGCUAGAUGAAGACUCCAAAUAUUCAUAAAGGGGCUGUUGUUUUCUUUCUUGGAAAACAUGGUUUUGUAGUAAUAUACAAGGAUAUAAAUGUUUGUGUUCUUGCGCUCCACCUCACUCGAUCCUCACCAAAAUGGCCGCCGAUCUGGUCUGGAGUCUGUCCAUCCCUCCCUCAACGGUUGUUUAUGGUUGCCAAGCAACUUCAAAACGCCGUGUGGAAGAAGAGCAGAAUGGCAGGAGACCUGCAACUAUAGCGUACCUGACGAGGACAAUCCACUUUCAAGUAGACUAGUAGAAUUUCAAUCUACUAUGAGUAUUUUCGUACCUUGUGUUUGAAAGCUUUUUCUCAUUAAACCGGCCAACUGGCGUGGAGUGAAUGUUGAGACAUGGGGUCAGAGUCAGUGAAGGUGGUGGUCAGGUGCAGGCCCCUGAAUGACAGGGAGAAGGUUCUGGGCUCUAAGAUGGUGCUAUCAAUGGACCUGCACCGCUGCCAGUGCUUCCUAGUGAAGACUGGGGCAGUGGAUGAGCCGCCCAAACAGUUCACCUUUGAUGGGACCUACUUCAUUGAUCAAACCACUGAGCAGAUGUACAACGAGAUUGCCUAUCCUUUGGUUGAGGGUGUCACUGAGGGAUACAAUGGCACAAUCUUUGCCUAUGGACAAACUGGAAGUGGAAAGUCUUUCACCAUGCAGGGAGUACACGAUCCUGCAGCCCAGAGGGGGGUCAUUCCACGAGCCUUUGAGCACAUCUUUGAGAGUAUUCAGUGUGCAGAAAAUACAAAAUUCCUGGUGAGGGCCUCCUACUUGGAGAUUUACAAUGAAGAAAUCCGAGACCUUUUGGGAAAUGACACUAAACAGAGAUUGGAGCUGAAAGAGCACCCAGAGCGUGGGGUGUAUGUGCGCGACCUCUCCAUGCACACUGUGCACAGUGUGGGGGAGUGCGAGAGAAUUGUAGAGCGAGGCUGGGGGAACCGGGCAGUGGGCUACACGCUGAUGAACAAAGACUCCUCCCGCUCACACUCCAUCUUCACCAUCCAUUUGGAGAUCUGCAACACAGAUGCAGCUGGCCAGGAUCAUCUACGAGCAGGUAAACUCAACCUUGUUGACCUGGCGGGAAGCGAGCGUCAGUCGAAAACCGGUGCUACAGGUGAGCGACUCCGCGAGGCCACCAAGAUCAACCUCUCCCUCUCGGCCCUGGGUAACGUCAUCUCUGCCCUGGUGGACGGACGCUCCAAACACAUCCCCUACCGGGACUCCAAGCUGACCAGACUGCUCCAGGACUCUCUGGGAGGAAACAUGCGCACCUUGAUGAUCGCCUGUCUCUCCCCCGCCGACAACAACUAUGAGGAAAGCCUAAGCACAAUGCGCUACGCCAACCGGGCCAAGAGCAUCCAGAACAGGCCUCGUAUCAAUGAGGACCCAAAGGAUGCUCUGCUCCGAGAGUAUCGGGAGGAGAUCAAGAAGUUGCGGACCCUCAUCUCAGGCCAGCUGGGCACUGCUAACCUUGCGUCUCUGCUGGCUGGUCAGUUGUCUGAGGCGUCUCCUGCUGUUCCUUCGAGGCCACCGUCCAGCACCACAGAAGCAGAGAAGGAGAAGAUUAAAGAGGAAUACGAAGAGAGGCUGGCCAAGUUGCAGGCUGAGUACAAUGCAGAGCAGGAAUCCAAAGCAAAGCUGCAGGAGGACAUCACUGCCCUGCGUUCCUCCUAUGAAUCCAAGCUGUCUAAUCUGGAAAAGGCUCGAGCCAGCAGGGGGAGCUCUGUCCCAAAGAAUGAGAACAGAAAAUCACCUGGCGCCAACAAAGAACCAUUGAGCUCUAGCUGUAUGACGGAAGAGCUCUGCAACAACACUGAUCCCAUGUGCCACAUUACAUCUGGAGAAACUUCCCUGACCAAGCCUGAUGAACCUGGUGCUGCAAUCGGGGCCCCAAAAGAUCCUGAUGGAGACGGGCUCAUAGACUCGCCUGACAUCACUGCAGGGCCUCUGGACCAGCAACACGUCCUGGAAAGACUGCAGCAGCUGGAACAGGAGGUGGUAGGGGGAGAGCAGGCCAGGAACAAAGAGUUACAGCAGAGACAGAGGCAGAGGAAGAACCUCGCUGACCGGAGAGUCCAGCUUAUCUGCACUUUGUCAGAGAACAGCGAGGACAGUGAAAAUGUGCUGUUGAACGUCUACAACUCCAUCCAAGAAGAGGUCCAUGCCAAAAGCCAAAUGCUGGACAAGGUCCAGGGCAAGCUGAAAGCAGCCAAACUGGAGAUCCGUGACCUGCAGGCAGAGUUCGAGGUGGAAAGAGAUGACUACCUGGCAACAAUCCGGCGGCUGGAGAGGGAUCGGCAGUUACUGCACAGCCUGCUGGAGCGUAUGGUGUCCCUGGUGCGCCGUGACUGCAACUACAGCAACCUGGACCGCUUGAAAAAAGAAUCUGUCUGGGACGAGGAGAGCGCCAGCUGGAGGCUGCCGGACGUGAUGGUGCAGAAAACAACACUGCCUUCAGCUUUGGCUCCGAAACUUCCAGCUGGCAGAGGUUCAGCUGCUGAUACUGGAGAGCCAUUCAUGCAGGUGGAGGAGGACCGGUACAAGGAGAUGCUAGACCGUAGUGACAGUGAGAACAUCGCCAGCAGCUACUUCAAGUCAAAGAGAGCGAGCCAACUGCUGGGAUGUGAAGCUACCAAGGGACACGGCAUCCACUCUCCACCCCUGGUUAACGGGGCGGCCCACCUCACUGUGACUGGUUCCACCAUGAACCCACCUAUCAGCUCAGACUCCGUCCUGCCACGCCCCUUCCGCCUGGAGUCAUUGGGUGUCCCAGUGUCUAAUGGUAAGGUGAGGCGCAAAAAAAGCAAAUCUCACAUCCAUAAUGAGGGGAUAUGAAAAGACUGUUCCCAUGCCCUGCAAUACUUAAACACAUAUCACUGUCAUCUGUUUUUUAACCAAAAGAUUGUAUACACUGUGAUUGAUCACAGUAUAUAUUAAAUUAUUUAAAUGGAAUUUCUGAUAACCCCUGCUAACCAGAAAUGUAUACAACAGACAUGUUUUGUGGACAUUACAAGUCCAGUUGUGUCAUGUGUUUUAAAUCACAUUUUGAAUGUUUAUUUUAAACAAACAAACUACCUAAAGUACGGUCCAUCUACUAUAAUAUUUAACUUCUAAUGUAAUUUGCUGUUGUUGAUU